AUGAUAAAUGUAAUAUCUAAAAAGAAAUAUUGUAAUUAUAUUGAAGAUGCUAAGAUUUUAUAUGCAUUAAAGAAAAUUACAUGUGAAGAACAAAAUGAUAAAUUCUGUAAUGAAAUUAAGAAAUACAUAAUUCCCAAUUUAGAAAUAGAUGACGAUUUCAUUUUUACGUGCAAUACUGAAGAAGAAUCUGAUACUCCACACUAUAAUGCAUUGGAUUUACAACAUAGUCAUGAACGAAUUUCAGAGAUUGUUAAUGUUUCUUUAGUUCCUGAUUCUUCAAAUGAUGGGAAGUCAACUGGAACUAUAAUUUCAGCUUCGUCUGUAAAGAGAAGAAAUAUUAAUAAAUAUGAAUAUUAUAGAGUGUUAUUUCUGAAUGAGUACUACUCAUAUUUUUUUAUAUAA